AUGCAUUCUCAUCUCCACACCUCUUACAAUGCUAAUUGCGAAGAGAUUAUGACUGCUCUAGACGAGUGUCAUGCCAAGGGAUUUCUACACAAAGUCAUCGGAAGCUGCAACGAUAUCAAGGUCGAUGUGAACAAAUGCCUCUCCGUAGAGCGAUUCGAGCGCGCAAAGCGCAACCGAGACGAGGCACGCAGCAACCGCCGGCGUGUUGAGGAGAUCUGGGCCAAGGAGCGCGAGCUUGACCAAGGGCCUGCUGCUGCUGCUGCUCCAGCGGCGGCGGCCGCUAAUACUAGCGCUGCGAAGCAAUAG